CAGAUCCAGAGGGCGGAGCCAUCUUCAACAUCAACAAAAGGAAAGAGAAGAGAAGCAGAGAAAACAGACGAUAGACAUUCGGAUACACAAACGAAAUAUGCACUUUUAACAUAUCUGGUGUUGUUGGAAAACUGAAAUCCAGAUAAAGAGAAAACAUGGAAGCCUUCAAACUGAUGAAGGAGCUGAAGUCAAAUUUGGAGCAGGAGGUUUAUUAUCUGCCGAAAGAAACUGGACUCAGUUUGAUCGAAUCCACCCAAGAGAAGGGGAAUGGAGUUUCAGCCAAAUGUAGAGAUGCUCAAGUUGAGGAUCUCUGGAGCUUGACCAGUUUCUUUGGUUACAGCACUCAGACCUUUGUACUGGCCGUUAACCUGCUGGACAGGUUUCUAGCCAUGAUGAAGGUUCAACCAAAGUAUUUGGCCUGCAUCAGCAUCGGAUGUCUCCACAUAGCCGCCCGAGUGACCGAGGAAGAGUGCAAAGUUUCGUCCAGUCAUGAGCUCAUUCGUAUCAGCCAGUGCAAAUUCACCAUCUCAGACCUCAGCCGCAUGGAAAAAAUCAUUUCAGAGAAACUCCACUUCCAGUUCAAAGCCGUCACAGCCUUAACCUUCCUGCAUUUAUACCACGCCAUCGCACUUUCGCACACGUCCAACAGGAAAAACAUCUUGAAGCUUGACAAACUGGAAGCCCAGCUCAAAGCCUGCCUAUGCAGAAUUGUUUUCUCCAAAGCAAAACCUUCGGUGCUAGCCUUGUCUCUUUUGAUGCUUGAGAUUGAAGCCUUACAGUUGGCGGACCUGUCAGAGAUCGCCCACCGCAUACAAACACAUUUAAAGAUCUCACAGGCUGACCUGGUGCACUGGCGAGGCCUGGUAUACCAGUGCAUGCAGGAGUAUUCCUCUCCAGAAUGUUCCAAACCGGACCACAGGAAACUGGUCUGGAAAGUCUCGCGGAGAACAGCACAAAAACUGCACAACAGCUACUGUAGCAUCCCAGAGCUGCCCACCAUUCCAGAGGGUGCCUGGGAUGAGAGCGAAAGUGAGGAUUCGAGCGAGGACCUGAGCUCUGGAGAAGAAAGUUUGAGCAGCUCGUUGGGCAGCAAUGCCGAGGGACCCUACUUCCCCUCUAACUUCCGGGUCCGGGGCAACAGACAAUAAUACCUCUGAAACCACUUGCCAAGUAGCACAACCACCAAUGGAGAUGUGACGUUUCAACGUUGUAAAGGGGUGUAACCAUAGCAACUGCGGAAGCUUCAGAAUGUUUGCUUCCUUGAUCUUCCAUUAUGAUGUCAUUUUAGACCUCUCCUGGCAGGAAACCUCCUUGAAGUUCUACAGCAAGGUGCCACUGUGCCUGGGUUCAACGAAACCACUGAGUCCAAAAUAUCAGAAUUGUAUUUUAAAAUUCCUAACCCUUUUAGGGCUUUACAGAAAGCCAGUUCACAUACUAGAUAUGUUUCUCUAAAACAUAAAAGCUAAAGUGAAUUCAGCAGUGUACAACACUGGCAGCUAAAUUUGUAGACUGAAAACACACUUUAGCCGUAGUAUUUGGUGCAUGUUCGGAUUUGUCGACAUUCCAGGCUGCUCAAAAGAACAUAUUCAAGGUACACUAGACUGUUAAAAAACAACUUGGAACUUGUACUUUGGUGCUUGGCACAGUUUUGUGAAAUAAUUGUUAAAGUGUGACAACGGAAAGCUACGUGCCUGGAGAACUGCUCUCUGAGGUCGUAAAGAGUCAGAGUGGUGAUCAUGGUGUUCACAGACAACCGGGUGUUUAUUUUUGUGUGUAUGUGUGGUGAUAUUCUGUUGACCUACUUGCCAAAUGAGUAGUUUCACAUUAGCCAAUGAAUGUGUAUGAAGACAUUUACUGUAUGUUAAAAAUGUGUGUUGCACAAAAAAAGCCUAAAAAAACCUUAUGAAAUGUAAAAAUGUCGAUAUAAAACUGUACAUUUGUAUUAUGUAAAAAAAAAAAAAAAUGCAAAUACUCCAUGUAUAGCAUCUUGUAGAUAUAAUGUUAUUUAUAAUUUCUUUGUCAUGGUAAUAUAUAUAAAAAAAGCAUUCACAAUAAAAAAAGCUAUUUUGAAAUUCAUUCAAUGUCU